AUGGCAUUACCACUCUCCCGAAUCAGGGUUCAUGAAGAAGCGGCCAUUAAGAAAAGUGCUUCUCGUUGCACCAAAACACUAGCACACCUCCUCCAUUUGCCAUACUCAGCUUCCGAUUUUAUCGACCGGGGCGAUUAUAUGACUCCGACGAAGUCUUCCAACGAAAACAUACCAACAAAAUGGCGGGAAAUUCAUGGUUUGCGCAACUGGGAGAAUCUUCUUAACCCGCUCCACCCUUGGCUUCGACGUGAGCUUGUAAAAUAUGGAGAAUUUGUUCAGGCAACUUACGAUGCAUUUGACUUCGAUCCUUUUUCGGAGUAUUGUGGAAGUAGCAGAUACAACCGGCACAAGCUUUUCAAAGAAUUAGGCCUGACCCAACAUGGUUACAAGGUGACCAAGUACAUAUAUGCCAUGUCGCAUGUAGAUGUCCCGCGUUGUUUUGGGAGGUCGUUUCUGGGUGAAAAGUGGAGCAAAGAUUCAAAUUGGAUGGGCUAUGUUGCGGUUAGCGACGACGAAGAAUCGGCAAGGAUCGGAAGAAGAGACAUUGUCAUGGCAUGGCGCGGCACAGUUACUCCGACCGAGUGGUUCACGGAUCUUAAAACAAGGCUAGAGUGUAUAGAUGAUGAUCAACAGAAUGGAAACAUAAAGGUCGCACGUGGGUUUCUAAGCAUUUACAGAUCGAAGAGCGAGCUCACAAGGUAUAACAAGUUGAGUGCUUCUGAGCAAGUUGUUGGCAUGAUCAUGCAAGAAGUGAACAGGCUUAUGGAGUUAUACAAAGGAAAGGGUGAAGAAAUAAGCUUCACCAUUGCUGGGCAUAGCCUUGGUGGUGCUUUGGCUCUCCUCAAUGCCUAUGAAGCUGCAACCUCAAUCCCUGGCCUUCCCAUUUGUGUCAUUCCAUUUGGCGCGCCAAGGGUUGGGAACAUGGCAUUCAACGAGAAGCUUAGUGAGAUUGGGGUAAAAACAUUACGCAUUGUUGUUAAGCAAGAUAUAGUCCCGAAAUUGCCAGGGAUCUUAGUUAACAAAAUUCUUCAAGGGCUUGGUGUGGUUAGUCGAAAAUUAAACUGGGUUCACAGGCACGUAGGAACAGAGCUUAAGCUUGACAUGUUCAUGUCACCGUAUCUGAAGCAUGAGUCUGAUUUGAUAGGGAGCCACAAUUUGGAGAUAUGCCUCCAUCUUUUAGAUGGAUUUCUUCGUAAGCAGUCAAAGUUUAGGUGGAAUGCUCGGAGAGAUGUUGCAUUGGUGAACAAGACAACAGAUAUGCUGAUAGAGGAGUUGAGGAUCCCUGAGUUUUGGUACCAGUUGCCUUACAAGGGGCUUGUGCUUAACAAACAUGGGAGGUGGGUCAAGCCCUACAGAGAACCUGAAGAUGUUCCUUCUCCAUUUUGUGAAAAAUAUUAGCAUCAAUCUCCAUUAAUAAUUUGUAGCUAUCUAGUUAGAUGAAUGCUUCAAAUUGCAGGACUAAUCCCCUUUUUGAACAUUAAGCUUCAGAGUUUUU